GGAAAACACUGCUGACUACCGUACCUCAGUGGACGAAGAGAGGCUUAGUGCUGAUGCGGGUGCGCACAGUUCUGGGGAGGACGAGGCGAGCUCUGAGCCUAAGCUUCAAGGGGAUGGAGCGGGUGAUGCCUCUUCUGCCGCCAUUCCUUGUCCUCCUCCGAUUUCUUCCGUCCCGGGAACCGUCCCUCCGCGUGUGAAGAAAAGUAGGUCGCGUCGGCGGAGAGGUAUGGCCGUCGGCCGAUCUCAAUUGGAUUUGACCAACAUAUACCUCAUCAAGCCGGAGUGUUCGCCGAGUGAGUACCAGGUGGCUCAACUGUAUGUAGGUCCUUAUGGUCGGGUUAGGGCCCCGAGGCCGACAGACCACGUCCUAAAUCCUCCCAGCGGCUACAUCGGGGUGUAUCCGAUGGCUUUCUCGAAGGGCCUAAGGUUUCCGUUGCAUCCUUUUGUAGCGGAAUAUUUGAACAUGAUAGAUAUUCCUCCGGCGUUGUUAACUCCAAAUAGCUACUCCCUCAUCGUCGGGUUCCUCCUCCGAUGUGGUGAGUUGGGGAUGGAGCCGACGACGGCUUUAUUUAUGAAUCUGUACCGUAUCGGGCGAGGGAGUCAUGAAAACUGUGCUGGAUAUGCGGCCCUUCAGCAACUACCGAAGAAGAGGUCUUUCACCGAUCUUCCUUCAUCAAUCCAUGGAUGGAAAGCAAAAUUUUGCUUCGUGAAGCUGGCCGAUGGGGUCUUCUUCCCCUCUCAAGGUCAUAGUGGUGUUUUUAAUCUGCACGAUCCGCCGAGGAGUGCUGAGAUUGAUGCCCAAGUGGAGGCCUUCCUCGAGGGGGGGGCCAUGGAGUGUUGAUAAAUAUAUCACUGAGUUCAAAAUUGCCGCCCUUGGUAUGAUGAGGUACUUCAUCCCCGGUGACCCCGACUGUGGGCUAUGGCCGAGGAUGUCUGGUUACUUUGAAGAGGCCGAUGGGCCCUACCUCGGCGUCCCAGCCGAUGCCGAAGGAUUCGAGAUGAGUCGCAAGCUUUUUAUGACUCAAGCCAAGAAGAUGGUUGACAAGGAAAUGCAGGCUGCCCAGCAAGCCGAUGCGUCCAAAAGCUCGGCUGAUGGCUCAAAGGGCCAGGCCGGUGCCGCAAAAAAGGCUGCGGCUCAAAAGAAGAGGAGACCCGCUGAGGGUCAGCAAACUCUGGCCGAAGCGGGGUUGAAGCCGGCCCAAGGGGUCAAGAAACCGAGGCAGACCCUUCCUUCUGAUGUUGCUACGGCUGCCUCACAGGCUCCGGUCCAAGGGGAUGAUGCCUCGGAGGUUCAGGUGAUUGAGGACCUGACGCUGGGUAAGGCUUCGGACGCCCUUGUCCCCGCUUCGUCUAACUUCAACAGAGCUACUGAUGCUGGUGCUCGCUCCGGUCGGGGACUGUCCACCGGCUUAUAUGAAGUGACGGUGCGGUAUCCGACGAAGGGCGGGCUCUUCAAUGAGAGAGUCUCUGGCCACGACGUCCUGUUUCAGGCCAUUCCCGAUGAAGAUAGGGCCUAUCUUCGUCGUCAAGGCAAGGAAGUGCGUCUCUUCGAUGGCGGGUUGGAUUACGUCGUCCAAGGGGCCUUCAUGCUGAUGGAGCAGCAUCGGCGGCAGGAGGAGGAGAUCGCUCGCCUUCGGGAAGCUGAGAAAAAGGUUGCCUCGGCCGAUGAGGCCUUGGCUUCCCUGGAGCUUCUCCGAUCCGAGGUCAGCUCCCUUAAAGAGAAGGCCGAUGCGGCUGAGAGCAGGGCCGUUGCAGCUGAGGCCAAAUUGGAGGGGGAGGCCGCAGCCCGCCGGUUGGCAGAAGAUAAAGCGAAGAAGGCCGAGGAGCUGAAGGCCGAAGCGGAGAGGGCUGCCGAGAAGGCUGUUGAUCUGUUCAUGGCCGAGGGGUGGAAAGCCGAUGAACAUCGCCAGUUCUGCUUUCAGGUGGUGGCCGAUCGCUUCCAAGCUUGGUCGCAAGAAGACCCGGCUGGUCAAGCUUUUUGGAAGCAAGAGAUGGAGGUCUUCUAUGACCUUGGGCAACGGCGUAUGCAAAUGCUCAUUUACCGGAGGCUUCGCCGGCGUGUCAAGAAUCUGAGGCCCCAGGGUAUCGGCCUCCCCAGACCGAUGAAGGACCCUGAGGAGGAGUUGAAGCUUCCAUUGGCCGAGAGGCAGCGCCCCAUUCUGAGCUCCGAUGAGGAAAAGGAGCCAUGGACCGAAAGUGACGACUAUCUCUUCCGGACUUCAGCUAAGUCAAAAACCGCCGAGGACGACGAGGAUGACGCCGACAGUGGGGCUGUUGAUGGGGGCCAG